AAUGGCACUCUGGGAAUCGUAGUCUUCCGGUAAUGGUCGGAGGGCGUGCAAGGCAAGAUGGCAUACGUGCUGCCUAAAAGGGGUGGUGUGCUACUCAAGCAGGUGAAGAGCGUCGUGGUCUGCUUUUGCCCCUUCGAGUCCAACGUGGAAAGCACCAGAAACUUCCUUCAGUGUCUACACACGAAAAAAGCCUACGUAUCCAACAGCAGCUGUGACUUGAAAACAGAAGUGAAACAUGAUGGAUCAGAACCAGUAAUAAACGUUCAGUUUGCUGAUGGUGAUCGACUUAUUAUGAAAGGCGCCAACUUGACAAUUAGAGAAAUGUUGAAGGCAUUCAACUCUAUGUGUGCAGCCAAGGAUCUAAAGGCACAAGAGAAAGAAAAAAAGUGACUGAAAGCAAUCGAUAUUUAAAGCCAGCAUUUACUAUGACUAUGCAAAUAACUUUUCAUUCAGAAUAAUGGAGACUUCAUUGGUAACUGAAGGUAAUGUGACAUGGAUAGGCAUGGAAUGCAAAUCAGUUCUGACUAAUGACUGGAAGAGGUUUUUUAAACUUUUUGGCUAAAGGCAAAUUCUAGACAAGAGAAACACUCAAUUUUAGCUGUUGUAUGAACAUUCAGUAUUGGCUCCCAAGUUAUAUCUGGUAAGUGGUCAGUCUGUUUUGUGAGCCAGUGGAUAAAUAAAUGCUGUCUUUGCAAGCAACAAAUCUUAAUAAUUUAGAAGGAUUUAUUAAUUUAGGCUCUGAAACAAAAUGUUUGAAAUCCUUAACAUUUUAUGCAAGACAUAACAUUGCUGUCAUAUGCAGGGGAUAUGAAAGGGGAUACCUUUCUCAUUCCCUUUGAAGUUAGUGAGUUUAGAGGUAUAUAACUCUACUUAAAAUGACAUUGUAGAUAUUUGAGUUGUUUCUGCAUUAGGUGAUCAAAAGUCACUUUCGCUGUAGUCUCUAAAAAUUCUAUCCCUGAGUUUAUACCAGCUGUUUGGAACAAUUGACUUUAGAAUUACAACCAUAACUAUUGGAAGAUGACAGCUGAUUCAAAAUACUAUGUUUUGAUAUUCUGUUAAAAGUGGCUGGAUUGUAGUCACUCUACCUUAUUUGGCUGUCACUAUGAAAAUGAAAAUUAAAACCACAUGAUACUGAGAA